UGUCACACCAAACUCUGUGUUCCCUUUUGCAUUUUUUUUUAACAUGGCUCUAGGGAUAAAUUGUUUAUUUACCUGAAUUUAUCUGUUGGUGUCCUGUCUGGAGGAUAGAAACCUGUUUGGGUAUUUUAAACGAAAGGGGUGUGAUUUAGGGGAUAAGUUUACAAAUUAUUAGAAGGGAUAGAAGAGCAAUGGUUCCAGUGGUGUGGGAAAGCUGCUGACCCUGCAGGAGUGAGCACCAUUGUGUGAGCCCAAUGUCCUCCAUACCCACUCUCAUGGAACUGCCACAAUAGCCUCAGUUAUCUGCUCCAUGGCCCCUACAAGAGCUCCUGCUACAUUGUUAGUGGCAUCACCAGGAACAGAAUAGAUUCUUGCUUGCUUGCUUUUUAAUCUGGUGUAGGUACCACUGACAGAACCUAAUAAGAAUGCAGUUGGGGAAAUGUCAUUUCAGGCUUCUGACUGUAGAGAUUCAGGGGAGUUUUUAGAGAAGGGUAACUGGGCUGAAUGCCAAAGGACCUCCCUGCCAUGUUAUUUAUACUUCACGCUACAGCAAAUGUGUAGCUGUGUUGGAGUAUUGUUGAGCGUUCAGCCAGGCAUUUGAAUUUGCUUAUCAGUGAGGUCCUAGAACUGUCUACAUCUGCAGAACAUUAAGAAUGUUUGCUUAUGAUUCAUGAAAAGUAUCGAUAGUAUUUACUAUGUUUAAAAAUGUAAUUUACUAUGUUUGGUCAUCUCUUCUCCCUUUGGUAUUAAAUGCAGCUCAAAUCAUGAAUCCAGCUACGAAUUUUCAUCUGGCAGGGACUUGCCAUUGUUACGUAUUUGGCAAGAAAGUUCAAGAAAAUCCAUUCUCAACCUAAAUUUUCUUUUCAGCUGUAGUUGUGGUUUUGCCCAAAACAUUCUUCUAGAGUAUAUUAUUUUAAUUGAAUUGAGCAUGCUUACUAUUAUAUGUAAAUGUAUUCCUUAUUGAGAAAGUUAGGGAAUGCCAGAUAAGAUGGCAUAUGGUGUCCAAUUUUUCCUCCUUAUAUAAAAUGGGGAAAUCCUGAAGAAACACUGCAAUUUAGGGAAUGUUGCUGCCCCUAUGCCAGAAAUCUUAGAUAUAGAGAACCGAUAUUCAAAUCAAAGGAAGAAGCAGAGAGUGUUUAUUUCCUAGGCCCAAGAAAGCUGGAUGGUUUCCGUGGAAAUGUGGGACUCAGUUAACACAUUUGAAAGCUUGAAUUUUAAAGUUCUGAAAGACUGUAAUCAGGUUGGCGUCCUUUCCAGCCCACAUCCAAAUUUAAUGUCCACCAAUUUAAAAAACAAUUUUACAGUGACCUCAAGUGUAGGUCCUUCCUCCCAGUUCCACGUCUGAAUUGUAACACUGCUAAUACCCUGGGGCCUGAGCGAAUGCUGAAACACUGAGAAGAAACUGCAGGGACCCAGCCCACCUCCUACAUUGAGCUGGCAAUCUUAAAUUUAAAACUAAAAUUGAGAAGAUGUAACAACACAUGAAGCUGUUCAAGAUGAAGGAGAUAUUGAUGCUAUUUAAGGAAAUGGAAGAUAAAGUGACUAAUCCAGAGAAAGCUGAAGAAGCAAAAUUAAAAGCAAGGUAUCCUCACCUGGGACAAAAGCCUGGUGGUUCCGACUUCUUAAGGAAACGAUUGCAGAAAGGGCAGAAAUAUUUUGAUUCUGGAGAUUACAACAUGGCUAAAGCAAAGAUGAAGAACAAGCAACUUCCUGCCGCAGCCCCGGAUAAGACAGAGGUCACUGGUGACCACAUUCCCACUCCACAGGAUCUUCCUCAGCGGAAACCGUCCCUGGUUGCGAGCAAGCUGGCUGGCUGAUUAAAAGAGCUGAACUGCAUGCACCUUCUAAUUCCCAUUGUUUUUCUGUCACUCCCCGCUCUUUAUUUCCUUCCACUCACAAAGUCAUUUGAGAGUGACAGCUUUGCAGGUAGUGGUAGUGUGUGCUACUAUUAUAAGGGAAGAUACGUACAUGUAAGAGGUUUUGAUUAGUUUAACAGUGCACUGAUGAAGAGAACAUGUUAGAGCAGCAUAAAGUAAUCUACUUGAAAAUAAUUGUAUAUAUUACCUAACUGCUAGUGUAGGGAGGUCCUAACAACUACCAAGCAAGUUUUACAAUUUUAAUGGUUUGGCUUUCUUUAAUUCAUCCUAAUUAUAGCUUUGUAGGUUGCUCUUAUUUAAUUAACCUCUAUUGUAUUGAUUUCUUUGGUAUCUUCCUUUUGGAUUUUAUAAACAGAAGUUUAAGACCACAAGUUGGACGAAAAGUCACAUAUUUCAAACACAAAUAGAUGGGGCUCCAAAAGAUUUGUAUUUCUGUGCUUGGACUUGAAUGGCCUUAAACCUGUUUCAGCUUUAACAAUAGAAGUUUACUUGGGCAAUAUUUGCCCAUUCUGGUGUAACUUAUGUGACGCUAGUGCUUAACAACUGCCGUUGAAGCUAAUAUUCUUCUUCAGUUCUAUAGUUAGAAUACCUUUUGUUGUUAAAGAUAUGAAUGAAGUAUGCAUGUGCAUCGACUGUUGAAUUCACUUUUGUGCCAUUUUUGUAAAUACAAUAGUUUUGCACAACCUCUCACAAAUGUCUGUAUUAAUUUCAUAUAUUAGAAAGUAGAUGAUGUGCCAACCAGAAGCACAAAAGUUCCUACACAAAACUCUGUAUGUCAUUAGAGCUUUUGUAUAGUAAGAGUAGUUUACAAUCCUGGGCUUAUAGAAUACCAAACUGACAUCUUUGCUCCGUCUGCCAUAGACUUAAGCUUUUUCAUUUGUUACUAAUAUCCAUGACAUUCAGUGGCCUUGUGCAAAUAUGAUAUGUUGCUUAGGCAUAUCUUUUGUCCUAUGCAGAACAUUUCAUUUUCUCUUUUAGGGAAAUUGCAACUCAUGUAAUUUAUAUAAACUUUUAAAUGUAGAAACCUUUUACUUCCACAGUCAGUUUUGGGGACACUAAAAUAAAAGGCUUCAAAGCUCUGCCUCCUGUGGCCCCUCCCUCCUUUUUUUUCUUGCUUCUUUGACUCAAAUAUUGGGCUGUGCUGGUCAGUCUGUUCGGAAGCAUAAUGUCUAUAUCCUUACUCUUGAAACUUGCUCUGCUGAAUGCUGGAUUUUAUAAUGAUGUUUUCCUUACAUUUUAGUUAGCCAUUGUUAUUCCUAUAUUAUUAGUAUUUGACAGUUUCGGUAAAAGGAACUUGAUAAUGAAACAAGUUCUUGAGAAGACUGGCCCGAGAACCUAUGUCAGGAUGAGCUGAACUCUGGUAAAUAAUUUUAAGGAAUUCUGAUGAGCUAAGUGAAUUAAGCUUGUGACGAUUAAUGUACAUGAUAGGUGGAACAUAGUCAUACUAAAAUAUUUAGAUGUCUUGCUUCUAUAGAUGUCACUUUAAUAAAAUAUCAAUUUAUUUUUACUUGUGUUUUUAUCUAAGAACUUCAACAGACUUUAUUAGGACAAAUUUACUGCUCUUACAGGAACUCUUCCCAUAAGUCGUCGUAAUGUUCUGGUGUGAAGAGGAUCAGUAAUCAGAUGAUACUAUUUUUCUCUUCAUCCUUGACUUGCACAGGGCCUCCCUUCUUUUGGGUUCAGGCACCUAAAUCAUCAUAGAUGGUGCUUUGAGUAUGGCACCUGCACUUAAAGACAGCCUAACGCUCUGAGGAAAGCUCACUGAUUAUCUUUGUGCUCUACCCACCCCAAAAAGCAGAAGUGAACAAAAUCAGUAAUGUGUUCAUUUGUAAUUUUAGGAAAUGGGAACAAGUAGGGUAUUCCACAAUACCUAUAAUUAUUGCAGGAUCAAUUUAAGAAUUACAAAAUAGUGCUGACUUUGGCACACAUACACUAAAAUUGGAAAAAUAGACGUUAUCAUGGUCCCUGUGUAAGGAUGACAAGCAAAUUCAUGAAGCGUUCCAUGUUUAAAAAAAAAUUACAAAAUACUCCAAAGUAGAAAUUCUGCAAUAUCUAGUUUUUUAAAAUGCAUAUGUGCAAGCUAUCACCAUUAAAUCUAUGCAUCAGAAAUGAAUCUGAAAGAUCAGAGAAACCGUAUUAUUCUUGACCAUGAUAGGACUCCUGCUGUGAUUUGUGACAAGUGAUGUAACGUCUGCUUGAGUUUUAGUUUGUAAAAUACAAAGCUGAUAUUUAACCUACCUCAAAACUUGAGGAUCUGUGAAAUACUGAAUAAGUGCCCAAAAUAAAAUAUUGUUGAUUGUCUUUUUAUUAAAAAUUUCCUCAUUAAACCAACCUGCCUUCUGUAAAGUCACAGUGCUUAAAAUCUCAGGAUUUUCCAUUGGGAAAGGCCUGUCAUUAAGGAUUUGUAGGUAUAAUUGCUUAGCCUCCGUUAUUGGUGCUUGGGAUGGAGAGGUUUUCGCUUUCUGUUUUUGGUUCACCUCUGCUCGGUUUGCUGACAUUUGCAGAUCAUUUCACCACUGCUAGAAUGAAGAUUUUGACUAGAUGAGCUCAAACAUAGUCAUCCAUUUCUAUGAUUGCAGAGUUGUGGUUUGAGAGAUGGCUACUUUUAAUUGUCCUGUUUAUUAUAAACUAGAAGCCUGAUGCACAAAAUUCGUGCAAGGGGCUUGGCCCCUGCAGCCACCUCUGCCCCCAUCACUGGGGCUUUGUCUGGAAGGACAUCUGGUCUAAUUAGCGCAUUGCCCUUUUAUUAUUUUAGAUGAAUGCUGAAGUAAAGUGAAGAUAAAUACUUCAUGAAAGUCUUGGAUAGCAUCUGAAAUAAAUUACCUGUUUCAUGUCUAGUAGCUCCUACUUGAUAGUAUAGUUUUGAGAAACAUGCCAGUUUUGAAAGCUACAGCUGACUAAAAUAAUUACCGUUCUUGGCAUUUGGAAUAGUAGUAAUGCUUGUUGGAUUGUUUUUGAUGAACUAGAAGGAGCAUAUUUGCAGUCUGUUUACUAGUUAGUCAACCCUUUUGUGCUGCUGACCUGGUAAGGCCUCUACUUGUUUUACUUCAACAGUGGGAAUUAGUCACUCUUUUUACUUGAUGUAACAAAACCAUACCUCUGAAUAUAACUGAUACUUUUUACUAAAUCAGAUGUAUUCUUAGUCCAAAUUAGUGAUGCUUUAUCAAAGUUGAAAUGUAAUCUCAACUUAAAUUGUGUUCUAAACUUGGUGUUUGGUGAGCCAGGAGCAAGGAAGCCUAUAGGAAGAACACAUCUGAGUGGCGACUAAAACAGUUUCUCUGGUGGCCUUUUCACGUCCCCCAUUGUCCAAAAACAUGUCCACUCUUUUUCCUUUUUCACCUCAUUUUACUGCAUCCCCCAUCCUGACUUAUUUAAGCCCUGACGGCUUUCAUUAAAUGGUAUUUAGGGCUUGAAUUACCAAUCUUUACUAUUGUUCCCAAUAGGUUACAAUUAAGGACACAUUUUUAAUGUUCUAAAACACUAUCUUAAUCUGAAUAAUGACCAAUUUGAGCCACCAUCCCAGCUCUCAACUCAGUAUACACUGCCAGUCUUCCCCACCACACCUUGUAAAAUUAAGAUCUCAUUCUGGUAUUGUUAAAAUAAGAGUAAAAACACUGAUUUUAAUAGUUUUGGUCAUUUAAGUAGGUAGGCCUAUAUGUUUUAUUCUGCGAGUCACUGGUGGUGAUGAUAACCAUUAAUGUGUGUUUGUAUUAUUUUUCAACUAAAUAGCAUUUGAAAGGAAAUAUCUAAUUCUUUUAAUAUAGCCUCAAAUCUGUUACCACAUCUCUUAUUUGUGAUGCAGUAGGACACUUUGUACUAAAAGGGCCAAGAGUGAAUGCCUUUUUUGUUGAACAUGUCUGUAGAGUUGGCAGUUAAUGCUGAAAUUUGUCAAGUAGCCCUUCCAAAAUUAUACUUGUGAAAUAUACAGAAAAAUAAAUUGAUUUACUUAAUUUCUACUGA